GCCCGCCCUGAGCCCAGGAGUGCCCGGAGGAACCACAUGGGCUGGAAGCUCUCGGCAGAAGCUGGCGCCUCAGAGCCACACUGGGACCGCCGGGGGCGCGGCAACCAACCCACUGGGUCUUCUGUAGUCUCUGAGGAACACUUUGACCUUCUCUCGACAAUGCCUGAGAUACAGGAGAUGACUCCCCCACAACUAUCCAAGAGUUUGCUGAGCUCACUCUUCCAGGCACUAAUUUUUUUUUCCCUGAUAGGAGACAUGCUGGUCAAUGUAUACAGGGAAGUCAGUUCGGUCAGAUUCCUGAUCACAGUUGUGUCUCUGCUGGGCGUCUUUCUGGCAGUAAUCUGGUGCGGGCUCCUGUACCUGAUCCCUCCCUUGGAGAAUGAACCUAAGGAGAUCCUGACUCUAAGCCAGUACCACGAGCGCGUGCGGUCCCAAGGACAACAGCUGGAGCAGCUCCAGGCCGAGCUGGAUAAACUUCACAAGGAGGUGUCCAGUGUUCGUGCAGCCAACAGCGAGAGAGUGGCUGAGCUGGUGUUCCAGAGGCUUCAUGAAGAUUUUGUGCGGAAACCUGACUAUGCUCUGAGCUCUGUGGGAGCCACCAUUGACCUAGAGAAGACAUCCCAAGACUAUGUGGACACAGACACUGGUUACUUCUGGAAUCACUUCAGCCUCUGGAACUAUGCACGGUCGCCGACGGUUAUCCUGGAACCGGAUGUUUUCCCUGGGAAUUGCUGGGCUUUUGAGGGUGACCAGGGUCAAGUGGUGAUCCGGCUGCCAGGCCGCGUGCAGCUGAGCGACAUCACACUACAGCAUCCACCACACAGCGUGGCACACACCGGUGGAGCCGACAGCGCCCCCCGAGAUUUUACAGUUUACGGUAUUGAAGCAGAUGAUGAGACUGAGGUGUUUUUGGGGAAGUUCACCUUUGAAGUGGAGAAAUCAGAGAUUCAGACUUUCCACCUACAGAAUGACCCCCCAGCUGCCUUCCCUAAGGUGAAGAUCCAGAUUCUAAGCAACUGGGGCCAUCCCCGUUUCACGUGCUUAUAUCGAGUCCGAGCCCAUGGCCUGAAGACCACAGAGGAGACUGGGGACCUUCAUUAA